AUGCUCGCCGAGGAAGAUUCCUACUCGGUACAACCAGUACAAGACAAUCUCAAAAUUUCCAAAAGUGUGCAUUUCAUUUCAGAUUAUGGGUGCUUGGGUCAAUCUUUACUCAAGACGAUGAUCAUGCGGGACGUUUCAAUUGCCGCAUUUACAUCCAUGGAAACACACCCGGCAUCUUGGAGUGACCGGUACAGAACGGCACAUGGAGGAUCUGUUGAGCCAUCAACUGAACUCAGUUUAGGUCUCCUCGCCCAAUGUCAUGACUCGGAUACAAUGGCUUUGCAAUCAAUGCCAAGACAGGAGCCAUUAGAGAUUGAUUUCUUAGGUGCUUGGGGAAAAAGUGUCGCUCAGGCGGACGAGUUGGAAAGGAGGCCGAUGCAUGGGGACCCGGCAUCCGCGACCGACCACGCGGGCCAUAAUGAUGAUUUCUACCCAAGCAAAAGAAAGAAAAAUGAGGCAAGUGAGAGUGCAAGAAGGCUAGACUUAUCCAUGGGGUGGUAUCGGAAUAAAAACAAUGAGAUGUCAAGUUCCAUGACACAUGCGGAUAUUGCUAGCAAUCCAGAGCCCACGUUCAAAAGCCAACCUUUCUCAGUAAUGAACAGAAGGCCGGAAGUAGAAAAAAACUUACCCCCAACUCUUCAUUCAGAAGGCCGGACUUUGCUGCCUUCAGGCGGCGCCUCCAAUUAUAUCAUCGCAACUCAAAGAGCUAUCGCCAAACCUCUUGGACAGGGGGACAGGACCCCAAGUCAGUCUCUAGCCAAAGCCCAAGAUGCUGCCAUAUCGGCAAUUACCAAAGAGCAUGGCUCAAAGAGGAACAAUGAAGCAGAUGGCCAAGGAACUGAACAAAUUCUUGAAAGCGGACCAGGAAGGCUUAUCUUGAGUCAGGGUCACGCGACACUGGAAAAUAUUGACAUGACUUUUUGGGCAGUCAUCUUCAGCAUGAAGCUUGACAUUUCUGACCUCCUUUGGCAGGAGUUGACGUCCAAGUACGAACCGAAUAUUGCACGGUUCAUCACGUCACUUUCUUCAAACGUAGAUCCAUUCCGGCACGAGAGAAUUCCAGGUUUGACGCCUAGGAUGAGAGACCUUCAGCUAACCGAUAGCAUCCAAGAAUUCGCGCAUCUUCUCUGGUGUGUCAACUCAAAAUUCCUUCGAACCUUCAAAGCAAGUGACAAGGCCUACCUUCAAGAACAGCUCGCGGUUCAAGAUUGGAUUAAUCAUCUUCUAGGGAAGGGUGCGAAGUCUGAGAGGGUCUCACGCGAAAAAGUCCAACGCAAGGCCACCAACUCCGAUGGCACAGAAGAUAGUCUUCCAAACCUCAUUCUAACAGCGCUAACGUCAAGAUAUUCACAGCCAGACUACGAAAUAUACACCAUUUACGUUAAGCAGCCCUCCGCAAAUGCAUGCAAAAAGCAACUUCUGAUGAGCCAAGCCAUAGUAAGGGCUAUGGCAUCCUAUUACAAAAGCAAAAACCAACAUAAAUGGCAAGUGUUCUUUUCAGAGGAAAUGAAUUUUCUUGUGGCUCUCACCGAGAUUCAAAACUGGAAUACGUCCUCUAAGUUUGUUCCUGAAAAAAGAAAAAUGCUUGAGGAAGAGCUCGAGUCAUACGCGUUGGUUCCAUGGAAAGAUCCUAUUCCUGGAGAAUCGGUGUAUAAAACGUCAGAUGAACCCAUUUUUGGCCCGACUUCUCUAAACCUCCACCUCAGGGCUCAGCAUAUAAACGGACCAUCUGAAGAGCAUAAUUUGGUUUCUGGAAAUCUACCUAAAAGAAGAAAGGGUUCUGCUAAACCUAAACCUUAUGUUCAACCUAAAAAUAAAGUGUUAUUUGAAAGCAAACCUGAGAAGUUGUGGGCAUUUAUUUCGAUGAUACAAUUGGACUACGAUAAAUGGAUCCGCGGACGUGCAAAACAGCCAAACAUUGCAUCUACCAUCACUGCUUUGACAAGUUGGAUCACUCGACAAAUAUUGAAUCCCAAUAGCCAAAUUGAAGCUCACCUGGAAGUCCUGAAACAAGAUAAUAUCACCAAAGAUCUGAAGAGCAUACUUUGGAUGCUUUGGUCGAUAAAUGCUGGUCUAAUAGAAAGUUUAGGAGAGGAUAUUGACGGGGAAAUCCACAAUGAAGAACAGGGAAAACUCCAAGAAGUGUUCUAUGAUCUUUUCACUUCCGAACAUGAUAACUUGGUCGAAUUGGAUUCUCACACCCCCAAUGCAAAAAACUCAAAUUCUGUCAAGGCUUCAAUUAUUGAGGCACUGGGUUGCCAUGACAACACACUCUACAAAUUCCAGGAUCGCGUGCAUCACAUACCAAAGAAGAAAGCAUUGAUGACCAAAGCAGUAGUCGAAGUGAUGAUAUAUUAUUACCAGAACAGCAAGCCUUCAAAAUGGGGCCAGAUUUUUCAAGACGAAGGAAUUAUAAUGAAGUAA